GCCCUGGUUGCCACGGCUGCCUCUCCGGACUUGGCGAGGACUUGGGAGGGACAGCGGCGUUGGGAGGUGGCUUAGCAGAGACUUUCCAGCGACUGCUGCCCGGGACUUUUUUUUUUUUUUUCCCCUUUUCUUUUUCCCAGGAGUCAGCGACGGCGACGGCUGGGGAGAGUAAAGACAAGGAAGCGUCUGCUGCUGGAGCCAAUGCCGCCCUUUGGCUCUCGAGGAGGAGCGUUCCUGCCCGGAUGAGUGUCCGCCGUGUGUCCCCGACUGUCCCCCGGCGGGAGCGCGGCUCGGAAGGUAGGAUGUGGUGAAAGGAUGGGGCUUCUCCCUCUGGAGAUUCACAAUGGCCAGAGAAGAUUCCGUGAAGUGUUUGCGCUGCUUGCUCUACGCCCUCAAUCUGCUCUUUUGGUUAAUGUCCAUCGGUGUCUUGGCUGUUUCUGCUUGGAUGAGGGACUACCUGAAUAAUGUUUUGACUUUAACCGCAGAAACAAGGGUAGAAGAGGCAGUCAUAUUGACUUACUUCCCCGUGGUUCACCCAGUCAUGAUUGCUGUUUGCUGUUUCCUUAUCAUCGUGGGAAUGUUGGGAUAUUGUGGAACCGUGAAAAGAAAUCUGUUGCUUCUUGCAUGGUACUUCGGAACAUUACUGGUCAUCUUCUGUGUAGAACUGGCUUGUGGUGUGUGGACAUACGAGCAGGAGGUUAUGGUGCCAGUACAGUGGUCAGAUAUGGUUACUUUGAAAGCCAGAAUGACAAAUUAUGGCUUACCCAGGUAUAGAUGGCUUACACAUGCUUGGAAUUUUUUUCAGAGAGAGUUUAAGUGCUGUGGUGUGGUGUACUUCACUGACUGGUUGGAAAUGACAGAGAUGGACUGGCCUCCAGAUUCCUGCUGUGUUAGGGAAUUCCCAGGAUGCUCCAAGCAGGCCCACCAGGAAGACCUCAGUGACCUUUACCAAGAGGGUUGUGGGAAGAAAAUGUAUUCCUUUUUGAGAGGAACCAAACAGUUGCAAGUGCUAAGGUUUCUGGGGAUCUCCAUUGGUGUGACACAAAUCCUGGCCAUGAUUCUCACCAUUACUCUGCUCUGGGCUCUAUAUUAUGAUAGACGGGAGCCGGGGACAGACCAAAUGCUGUCUCUGAAGAAUGAUACUUCUCAGCACCUGUCAUGUCACUCUGUGGAACUGCUAAAACCAAGCCUUUCCAGGAUCUUUGAGCAUACAUCAAUGGCAAACAGCUUCAAUACACACUUUGAGAUGGAGGAAUUAUGAAGAAUGGCAAAGAAUCACAAACCUGUGGCACUCAUGAGUUUGGGGGUACACAGCUAUCUGUUUCAGAAAUUUUUAAACAUGGGGAACUUCUGCAAGAAGAAUGUCUAAGCAGAUAAUUUCCACUCUUUAAAACAAAGAAAGGUUGGUAGCAGGCUUUCUUAAACCAUCAGACCCAAAUCACGACAUGGAGACUUACUAGUUAUGAAUGCUUGGCCUUGUCUUAUGCUUGUCCCACCAGCUCUUUUAGACUUAAUUUAACCUGUUUCUCUUAAUCUACAUUUUGCCUAGGAGCUUUUUGUCUUUCUUUCAUUCUGUAUGUCCUACUUCUCCUGCCUCUUCUGUGUCUGGCUGGCAGGUGGCUGGUUGGCUGAUCCCAGGCAUCCCCCUCUCUUUCUCCCUUAUUCUCUCUUAUCUUCUUCUUUCUGGAUUCUAGAUUCCUCCUCGUAUUUUCUCUGACCGCCAGUCAUGCUCAUCCCUCUUCUGCAUAGCUAUUGGCUGUUCAGCUUUUUAUUAGACCAAUCAGGUGCCUUAGGCAGGCAAAGCAACACAUCUUUACAAUGUUAAACAAAUGCAGCAUAAACAAAUGUAACACAUCUUACAUAGUUAAAGUAAUGUUCUACAGCAAAGGUUUCACAUGUUAACACACAGACAAUAACUGGUGCCCUUCAAAAUGCUGAGGAUAGCAUUAGUAACCACUGUGUAUGUUUUCCUUUUUGUGUUUUGAGCACAACGAUGUUUUGAGGUGAUGCAGUUUCAACAUCUUUUCUGCAUCAUUUCAUGGGAAUGAACCAUUCAUGAUGGCAUUGGAGCUACUGUGAAGGUAGCUUCUUCUGGCUAGCCUAUAAACUCUCAGCUGACUGCUAACAUAGGAAUUUAGACAAUACUAAUGAUCUUUAUUACCCAAUGAUGUAUUGUUUUGAGGAUGAUUUGAAUUUAUAUAAAAAAACCUUUCAAGAUUGGUGACUACCUAAAUAUGGUUUUUGUUGGUUACUAAAGUAAUCUUAUUAACACUUGUAAGAGAUAACACAUUGUCUUAAGCUUAUCAGGGAUAUAUAUGUAUAUAAGUCUGUGCUGUGUCUGUAUAAUUCAGUAGGUUUCAGUUCUUAUAAUGUUAUGAAUAACGAUAUUUGAAGAUGAUGAAUUUGUCUUAUAUAGCACCAUUACUUUUUGUAUUUUCCACCAACAGAGCUUUUAAAUUCUGUCUUGGAUCUAUAUUACAUCUGUAACUGUUAAUUUAAGUUCUUAACCACUAAUUUUGGAAAUUACUGGUAUGAUAUGUAAGAAUCAUUGUAACCCUGGCUGCAAGAAGUAUUAACUAGGGAAUUUACACAUAGUUGAUUCAGCAGAAAUUCGGAUGCUUUUUUCUCCCAAGUGAGUAUUCUUCUUGACAAUAAACACUUUGUCAAAGA